AUGCCUCUUCAUGAUCCCCGGGUCCUCAAGCUUCUCGCACCGGUAGUGCCAACAUAUGAUCGUGCCACCCGUAGUUCGGCGCCAUGUUUGAGGAUAGGGGGGGAGCUGUAUCACAUAACUGUCGUCUGCCUGGAUCGACAGAGGCUGGGACAGUUGUUCAACUACGGAGACAAGAAAGUGUUGGACUUCACGCGCCAACAAGUCGAUGCCCUCGAUCCGCCCGCAAAGCUGGGCGGAUGGAUUCUUCUCGGAACUUUGGAAGAAUGGCGACCGGUUUCUUCGGGCAGCACACCUCCCUCGAACGUUGUGCGCAGGGCGAAGGUUCCGGGCGCGCCUAGCCGGUACGUGGUACCCACGAAGAUUGUAGUAGAGACGUUAGUCUACGCCUUGGACCGGUACCCUCCUCUCGCGUUGCCUCUCGUAUGGAAUUUGCACAACGGAGUGAUAGAGGUCUCCUUCCACCAGCCCCUCACCACGCAGCUGUUUCGUGGCCUCAAUAGGUGGAAGAAGACUCCGCACGCACGUCGCACGACGUUUGAUAUCUUCAGCCUUGAACGCGGGGAAUUUGCGCCCGCCGCCACGCACCCCCAACCCGGAUCCGAAUCCUUUCGUCUGCAGCUCCCACUCACGUAUAUACCAGUCUUCAAGGCGCAUUAUGUCACUGUGGCGGAGUUUGCGGGGCAGUAUUCACGCGGCGUUCGACGGUUGGUCCCUAUGUGCUCAAUGAAGAUGAGCAUGAUGAACCUGGAGUUCCUAUGGCCGGUUGACAUGCCUCGCCGCCGUCGUUACCUGCGAGCCAAUUGGCAUGUCGAGUCACGGGGGAGCCCGGAAGGGGUUGUAGCGGUGCGGCCGCUGUUGGGUGUGGAGGGCUGUACUGUGGAGGAGGUGAGGUGGGACAGAGAAGAGAACGUGAAGGAGGAGGAGGAGGAGGAGGGGGUGCUGAUGGGUCAUGAUGACAACGGUGGGAUGGGGAUGCAGUACAACUAG